AUGGGGUCCGUACAGGACAUCGAUACUAUUCCGGUGCCAGAUGGGCGGAACAUGAAACAAGCUCAAGAACCAGUUGUUGAACUGGUAACAAAAACGGUACAAAAGCUAUUCAGAUCCUUUACGAUAGGUAACCUUGUUUCCAAGCAGAAGUCAUGUCUAACCGGCAUGAGAGAUGAGCUUGUGCUACUCUCCUGGUGCAUUGUACUCUUACGGAACUCUGAAGAAGGCCAGGCUUCCUUCGAGUGGACGUACAAGGGACAGUCAGAGAAUAUUCAAAGCCAACCAUUAAAUACAGCCCAAGUCAUUGCGAGCCUACAGGGAAGUGUUGAGCAAACCGGUACUGAGAUUCUGCAGCACAUCAGCACACAGUCUGUAAAUCAAAGCAUUCCUAUUUCCAGUCCUGCAUCCAUAGUAUUAAGCACCAGUCUUCUAUCCCAGAAGACCAGCGAGCUAGGCGAUAAGGACGCACUCCAUCUGGAAUUGCGCUUCAACAACGGUUUCCUCGAAAUCUGUCCAAUAUGGCAUACGGGAAAUAUGCUGCCAUUUACCAUCACGCAUUAUAUAAAUACAUUGGUCGAUACAAUCAAAACAUGCAUCUCCGAACCGAGCAAACAGGUCCAAGAUUGCCUCGUGCCAACCACACAUGACCUCAACGAAAUAUGGCGAUGGAACCACCAGUUGCCCCCCUCAUACAACUUUUGCAUGCAAGACAUAAUAUCGGAACGCGCCGGAGCUACCCCUGAAAAAACGGCAAUAGAUUCAUGGGAUGGCACUCUAACAUACGAUCAAGUUGACAAAUAUUCAACAUUCUUGGCAAAGACGCUGAAAGACAUUGGCGUCGAAUUAAACGACUUCUUGCCUCUAUGCUUCGAGAAAUCGAAAUGGACAAUUGUCGCAGUUCUUGCCGCAAUGAAGGUUGGCGCAACUUUUGUGAUGAUGGACCCAUCGAUUCCACUCGCCCGUCUUCAAAAUAUGCGGAAACAAGUUGGUGCAAAGACAAUGCUCUCUUCUCGUAAGCAGCAUGACUUUUCAGCCUCUAUCAUAUCCGGCGGAAAGCUUCUUAUCGUAGAAGAAGACAUGUUCGCCAGUGUCAAUAGCGCAGAGCUUGUUCCCGAAUUGCCAAUUGUGCCGUCAGAUACCUUGAUGUACCUCAUCUUCACAUCCGGAAGUACAGGAACACCCAAAGGAGUCAAAAUAUCCCACGGAACUUAUACCAGUAGUGCCAUUCCACGUGCAAAAGCAGUUGGGUACACAGAAGAUUCUAGGGUGUUUGACUUUGCAUCUUAUGCAUUCGACGUCAGUAUUGAUAGCAUGCUUUUGACUUUAGCAAACGGCGGAUGCCUUUGUAUUCCAUCCGAUGAAGAUAGAAUGAACGAUAUCAACGGCGUGAUAAGGAAAAUGCGGGUUAACUACGCUGGCAUAACCCCAUCAGUUGCCCGAAUUCUAGAACCAGAUGUAAUAGCAUCACUCAGUGGUCUUGGUUUAGGCGGAGAAGCAGCUUCUGCUAGAGAUGUCACCAUUUGGGGCCGAGAAACUAGAAUCAUUAUAGGUUAUGGACCAUGUGAGUGCACGAUAGGAUGCACAGUGAAUAGCAGUGCAGCUACCGGAAGAGAUUACAUCUCUAUCGGUACAGGCAAUGGUGCUGCUAUUUGGGUUGUUGAUCCAAACGACCACGAGAAGCUCAUGCCGGUGGGCGCUGUGGGUGAGUUGCUUGUUGAGGGACCAAUUGUUGGUCAGGGUUACCUGAAUGACCUAGAAAAGACUGCAGCUGCUUUUAUCGAAGAUCCACAGUGGCUUAUCACAGGACACAAAGAUUAUGCAGGUCGCCGAGGUCGUUUAUACAAAACCGGGGACCUUGGAAAGUAUGACCCUGAUGGUUCCGGAGGCAUCAUCUUUGCUGGAAGAAAGGAUACGCAAGUGAAGCUACGCGGGCAGCGUGUCGAACUUGGGGAGAUCGAAAGCCAGCUCAAAGCCAGACUGCCCUCGGAUACGAACGUUAUUGCCGAAGUUAUUGUGCCCCUGAGCUCUGGUAGCCAAGCCACGUUAGUCGCAUUUGUUUCUUCUCAAUCCACAAAUGGCGCUGGAAGUACCACCGAUAUCGAGUCCAUAACACUCCCUGAAGAACUUCAGACAGCACUAUCUCAAGCCAACACGGAGAUCACUAAAGUGCUACCACGAUACAUGUUACCAACUGCAUAUAUACCGGUCAACCAUAUUCCUGUAUUAAUAUCCGGCAAAACGGAUCGAAGACGACUGAGGCAAUUUGGCGCCACUGUGGACCUGCGACAGCUCGACCAAGAACCAGAAACCAUCCCUGGACGCGAGAUGAAUGAGUUUGAGCAGCGUUUACGACAGGCUUGGGGUCAAACGUUGAAAGCCGAUCCUGAGUCAAUCCGGCUUGAAGACAAUUUCUUUGUGUUAGGAGGAGACUCUUUGGCAGCAAUGAGGCUGGUGUCAGUAUGUCGUGAGCAGAACCUUGAACUUACAGUCGCCAACACAUUCGAUCAUCCAACCCUCGCUGCAAUGGCAAGUGUUCUCCGAAUCCACGAUUCGAAUACUCAAGUGGAAACGCCGGCAUUCUCCAUGUUGUCUCAGGCUGCUGAUAGCGUUUGUCAUGAAGCUACCGAAAUUUAUGGAUUUGAUCGAGCAGAUAUCGAGGACAUCUACCCAUGCACACCUACCCAGGAAUCUUUAUUCACGUUCUCUCUGAAGUCCAUUAAGCCUUAUAUCGCUCAAAGAGUAGCAUGCAUACCGGACUCAAUCAACAUAGAGUCCUGGAAGAAGGCGUGGGAAGAUGUGGUCCUACAAAGCCCUAUUUUGCGCACGCGCUUAGCCCAGCUUCAAGAACGCGGCCUACAGCAGAUUGUGUUGAAAGAAGGCAUUAGCUGGAAUGAGUCAACUGAUCUUGCGCAAUAUCUUACAGAUGACAAACGCGAGAGAAUGGACCUUGGACAAAGGCUAGCCCGGUACACUAUUAUUAAUGAUCACAACGAUGGCAAGAGGUAUAUGGUAUGGACAGUCCAUCACGUGCUCUACGAUGGCUGGUCAGAGCCAAUUAUUCUUAAAAAAGUGAGUGAUGCUCUACAAGGGCAGGGUAUCCAGUUCCAGACGCAAAUGAGAGAAUUCGUCAAAUAUGUGCGUGAUACCAACGAAGUUGAGAUGCAAGAAUACUGGCGACGGGAGUUGAAAGAUGCAGUUGGUCCUCAAUUUCCUAGAUUGCCUUCAAGAGACUUCGUGCCAACCCCAAAUGCCAUGGUGGAACAUCAUAUCUCAAUUGAGACACAAAAGGGAUCGCAGUUCACCAUGGCCACUUUGAUUCGUGGUGCAUGGGCGCUUGUGGCAUCUCAAUACACGAGAAGUAGUGAUGUUGUAUUUGGCGAGACACUCACAGGCCGAGAUAUUGCACUAGCUGAAGUGGAGAAUAUUGUAGGACCAUUGAUUGCAACGGUGCCUGUGCGAAUAUAUGUCCACAGAGCCAGCUCUGUUGAAGUGUAUCUACAGUCUAUCCAACAAAGCAUGAUGAGUCGUACAUGCUAUCAACACCUUGGCAUGCAAAACAUCAGAAAAGUUAGCCGUGAUGCUCAGCACGCAUGUGAGGCGAGUACAGGUUUGGUAAUUCAACCAGAGCCGGAGUAUACGGGUAACGAGCUUGGUUUCUUGCAAGGGGAUGUCGUGCGUGAGGCGCUCCAUUUCAACCCAUAUCCUCUCAUGAUCGCCUGUGGCAUACGAAAGGGUGGGUUCCGAGUCUGCGCAAAUUUCGAUAGCAGCCUUAUUGAAGUCAGUCAAAUGCAACGAAUCCUUCAGCAACUUGAAGUGGCUUGUGUUCAAUUAAUAAAAAACACAUCCCGAAAGUUGGGAGACAUAUCUUGUCUUCCAGAAGCUGAGUUGAAUCAGAUUUGGGAAUGGAAUAAGAAUGCUCCUUGUACCUUUGACGUCUCGUCGGGACAAUUACGGGCAGACGCAAACAUAAAACAAGGUUCUGUCUAUCCCCGGGCCGUCGUACCUUGGGUAUGCGAUCCACGAAAUUCAUUUCUUCUAUCGCCCAUAGGUUGCAUGGGAGAGCUGUUUUGGGAAGGCGACAUUCCUUCUGGAAACGUUAUUGAGUCUCCUAUCUGGCUGGCGGUUGGAAGCUCUGGAGUCGCUGGCCGAACGGGAAGAGUCCAAGCCACAGGAGACAUUGUCCAGUUACAACAAGACGGCAGUUUGAUAUUUCUUGGCCGAAAGGAAGACAUCGUACCCGUUCAAGGACAUGCAGUCAAUGUUGCGGAGCUUGAAUCUCACCUUAGAAAGUAUCUUCCGUCGGCAAUUCCAGCCACGGCCGUAACAUUUGGCGGGUCGACGGAGUCGAAUUCUGAGUCAACAGGGCAAGAGCUAGUUGUUUUCAUUGAACAAGAAGACUCCGGUGAAGAUAGCAUUGAGCUCAUGUGGAUGCAACAUAGGGUCAAUUGCGAAGUCUCCGACUCUCAAACAUUUGAGGUGACGAUCUGCAACAUGGUUCCCAAGAGUCUGGCUGCCGCGUUGCAAAAGUUCAACAAGUUUGCCCGGGACUCACUUCCAUCAUACAUGGUACCAACUGCAUACCUCAUUGUAGACAGACUGCCGACUACAACGGGAAGAGUUAGUCACGAGUUACUCAACAAAAUUGGACCCCAAAUACCCACACAUGUACUCAAGCAGGUUCAAGAAGGCUUCCAAAAUAUGUGGACCAAGAGCUUGUCCCAGACACAACUCACAGCAUCCGAGGAGAUUUUGCGAGCCGCUUGGGCAAAGAUACUGGGUAUUGAUUCAGAAAAGAUUGAUGUCGAUGACAACUUCUUCCGCCUAGGAGGUGAUUCCGUUCUAGCAAUGAAGUUGAUAUCGAACCUUCGAGCACGAGGACACGGCUUGACUGUGGCUGAUAUUUUCCAACACAUGCGCCUUGGUGAUGCCGCUAAGGUUUUGAAAGUCAACCAAGAGCCGAAGAGGGAGGAUGCACCAUCUUACAAACCAUUUUCGACUUUAGGCAAGCUAGAUACAGAGACAUUCUUGUCUGAUAUCGUUCGUCCGAAACUGGCAAGUUCGCAAUGGACAAUCCAAGAUGUGGCUCCAGUUACAGAUUCUCAAGCACUGGAUAUCCGCGGAACCAUUCAAACACCACGAACAUCGAUACAAUACACGAUGUUGUAUUUCGACAAGGACAUAGACCAGGCGAAACUGUUGAAUGCUUGCAAUACUCUGGUCAAAUCCCACGAUAUCCUGCGCACCGUCUUCAUUGAGCACGGCUCGAGCUAUUUUCAGGUCGUAUUAGAUAAUCUUGCAACCACUGUUGACGAGCGUAAGACCGACCAAGGCCUUGAGGAAUACGCUACCAAUUUGUGUACGGACGAUAUUACGUCACAACUUGAACUUGGAUGCCCUUUUAUGAAGUUCCUACAUAUUGAGGGCGCCGAGGGCAAGCAUUGCCUCAUUCUACGCCUAUCCCAUGCACAAUACGAUGGUGUAUCACUUCCCAGGCUGCUUCGUGAUCUUGAGAUGUUCUAUAACGGAAACAAUGUUACAGAUUUUAUGUCAUUCUCGAGAUACGUCGCACACAUACGCGAUGAGAGUGUCCAAUCCAAAGCGAUCGACUACUGGAAACCCCUCUUGAGUGGCUCGUCAAUAUCCGUACUGGAAGGAAAGUCACAGCCGGCCACGACUAAGUCAAUCUUUCAUACUAAAAUCGUCGAUGAUGUACCCCUGCCGUUGGAAGACAUAACCACGGCCAGUUUACUCAUCGCUGGGUGGUCUUUGGUCUUAGCUCGCCGUCUCAAAACGACCGAUGUAACUUUCGGUGGCGUUACUUCAGGCCGGAUUGUUGAUCUGGCAGAUGUAGAGAAUGUCGUCGGUCCAUGUUACCAGUUCACUCCGACAAGAGUCCGGUUCCAGAACAACUGGACAGGAAUGGAUCUCUUGAAAUUCGUCCAGAAGCAGAGUGCAGAGUCGGCUGCAUACGACUUCCUCGGGUUCGAAAAGAUAUCAAAGGCUUGCUCGCAGUGGUCAUCACCAUCUUCCAAAGAGCAGCUAUUCUUUGACUCCCUAGUUCAUCAUCAAGACUUUGAGGAUUUCGAUACCAUGCCAUUUGCCGGUGGAAACUGCAGGGUGGAGAUAUUGAAUCCGCAUGGAGAUUCUGCUGAUCCUUUGAAAGUAGUUUCUUUUGUUCGAAAAGGUCAAUUGAAUGUGGGAAUAGUCGGUACUGAAGGGGAUGUUGAUUUUGUGGAUACAGUUCUAGAAGAGUUGGCAGGCGCUGUUCAAGAACUGGUUGUGCGCCGGUCGGAGCCCAUAUUGCUUGAGUAG